AUGUUUCUGUCACGUUCCACACAGAUGCUGACGUUGAUGCGACCCACUUGCUCACGAAUUGUCAUCGUAAGGAAUCGGCAGAAGGGUAUCGUCGUUGAGCCUAAAGACCUUGGUCGGUUUCAGAGAAGCAUCGAGAAAAGUUUCAUGAAGCUUGCGCAGCGCCGUUUUGGACUAAAGUCGCACGUUAUUGACCUCCUAUCGUCCGGAGAAUUCGACAGUGCCUACGAAGAUCUGAACGUGGAUAUUCUAAAGGUAAUUUUCUCUCAUUGUCAGCCUUCUUCGUUUUUGUUUAUCGUUUAACG